AUGCCCAGGGACGAUUGGUGUUUUGGUCUACCGUCCAACAGCAAAAACAGAUUGCAAGAUCUGGGGGCUGCAUACAGCUCGAUACAACGGUGUUCACGAACAGAUGCACACAAAAUCUUCGACAGGUUACAAGACUCCACAGCACAUGUGGAACCGCUCGUUACGCUACGCUGCUCAUGGUUUCCCUUUAAACCCUCCGCUCGUCGUACGGGUGCCCCCUUCUGUUCGUCGUGGGCGUCGACGACGAACGUCGCAGCUGCAUUUCGGGGCAGGGCCUGCUGCGGUCUGAGUGUGAUCUUGACCGACGCUGAUCUUGCAAUGACGGCUGCAAUAGCCUCUUGCUGGCCAGGGACGCUGCAUUUGCACAGCUUGUGGCACGUCUUCAAGAACGUCCUCAAGAACUGCUCGUCAUCAUUUGCUAACAAUGACGACAAGACCGACAUGAUGCGUUGCUUCAGGAACGCAGCUUUUGCAGCUCCCCCGGAGGUACGAUGGCAAUCACUCGUACGUUGCCGCCACACGACACCCCCGAGAGAAUGGAUUGGUCUACCCCACCAGUUCGCCCCGCCACAACGAGCGGUAAACAUAACUUUUGACGUAUCUUGUGUUUACCACUGUAUUCGGUGGCAGGUGUUUGGGACCCAAGUGGCCCGGUUGGAGCAACUUGUGGCCGGCAAGAAGUGCAAAGGAUACAUAGCGGACUUGAUCAAGAACAAGACCAAGUGGGCGUUCUGCUGCCGACCCACUGUCCUCACGCUAGGCAUGGUUGCUACUCAGCGCACCGAAGGUUUGUUCGGGGUGGCAAAACGCUUGGGCGUCGAGAAGAAGCUCUCUUUGUGCGCCCUUUAG